CCACAUGCAGAAUUCGGGGGAUCUCGGCGAGAGCGCCAGGAAAGAGAGCGUGCCAGACGUGUCUGUGAUUCUCCCCACGUACAACGCAGCGCUAUGGCUGGACGACUGCAUGAGAUCCAUUGUAGACCAAGGCUUUGAUGGAUCUUUGGAGGUGUCUGUCUUCAAUGAUGCUAGCAAGGACCGCUCAAUAGAAAUAAUAGAGGCCUGGAGGCCGAAGUUUGAAGAACGAGGAAUUAGUUUGGUCGUUGGAGGUCAUGAUUCCCCCGAGCCACGUGGAGUUGGCUUUGCAAAGAACCAAUCGAUUCGGCAGAGUUCCGGACGCUACUUAUGCUUUCUGGAUUCUGAUGAUGUUAUGAUGCCGCAGCGAAUCCAGCUGCAGUACGAGGCCACCGUCCGGCACCCAACCAGCAUUAUUGGUUGUCGGGUGGUGAGAGAGCCAGCGGGGGCCACUGAACGUUACACCCGAUGGAUCAACGGCCUGACGCCGGAUCAGCUCGUCACGCAGGUCUACACUUCCCACGGACCCUCGGUCAUCAUGCCCACAUGGUUCUGCUCCAGGGAGUGGUUCUGCCACGUCGGACAGUUUGUCGAGGACGGCACGGGGACCCCAGAAGACUUGCUGUUUUUUUACGAGCACCUUCGCAAGGGUGGCGAUGUGCAGCGGGUGGAUGAGUGUCUCCUGAAAUAUCGCUACCACGAGCAUGCUGCCACGCACUCGGUGUCAGAGGACACCAUCUGGGAGCACCGCGUACGCUUCCUCGAGGAGAGGGUCCUUCGGCACUGGCCGUCCUUCACCAUCUGGAAUGCCGGGAAGCAAGGAAGGAAGCUUUACCGCAGCCUGACGGCCGACAACCGGGCGAAGGUUGUCGCUUUCUGUGACGUCGAUAAGAAUAAAAUCUCCAAAGGGUUUUACACGUUCGAGGAAUCGCAGGAGCAGCCGAAGCCGAAGAUUCCCGUCAUUCACUUUCAAGACGCGAAGCCUCCUUUUAUUGUCUGCGUGAAACUGGACCUGACAGGCGGAGGGUUUGAAGAGAACCUGAAAUCUCUCAAUCUCAGGGAAGGCGUGGAUUUCUACCAUUUCAACUGACCUCAGUGAACAGGCCUAGAAAGUUUUGUCCUCUGAAGUGACAACAAAA